CAUGGCGCCGUUCCAGCAGCAUUUAUCCAGGAAGCAAGAAAGGUGCAAUCGAAAGGGACAAGUGCUGCUGGAAUCUCCAAAAGUAAACCACACUCACCGAAGCAAUCUUGUUGCUUGGGCGGAGGAGACGCCGCUCAACACGCGUUUCCCACACAACCAAGUAGACGCAAGGAACUACAGAUGCUGGAAUCUUGCGUGGAAGAUAAAACGCUCAACGGGACAGGCAGCAUCUGUGGAGGACAUGGAUGAGCGCCGUUUCGGGUCGGGACCUUUCGUCGGACAUUCCUCUCUUUCUGCAUCUCAGUAGCAGUGUUCGUACGCGAUGUUUGUCCCAGGAAAGUUAGCAAAGAAUGAAAACAUUUGGAAUUAGGCAAGAGUGACCGAAUGAUUCCGCAGAGUGAAAUGGAUUGGUGAAACACAGAAAGAAUGAUGACGGGGUGUGAAACAGGAUGAUGGGGUCAACCUUUGAGGUUCAGCUAGAAUGGCAAGGGAAGAUUCCGUGAAAUGUCUACGCUGCUCGCUUUAUGCUUUGAAUUUUCUCUUUUGGCUGAUGUCACUCUGUGUUCUGGGUGUGUCUGCAUGGAUGAGAGAUUACCUGAAUAAUGUACUUGUGUUAACAACAGAAACCAGGCUGGAAGAAGCAUUCAUUCUGACGUAUUUUCCAGUGAUCCAUCCCUUAAUGGUCACUGUGUGCUGUUUUUUAAUAAUGGUUGGGAUCUUGGGCUGCUGUGGGGCGGUAAAGGGAAAUCCAUUGCUCCUUGCUUGGUAUUUUGCUAUCCUGCUGAUAAUUUUCUGUGUGGAACUUGCCUGUGGAGUAUGGAACUAUGAUCAGGACUAUUUGAUCUCCAUACAAAGGUCCGAUAUGCUUGGGUUGAAAUCAAGAAUGUCCCAUUUUGGUAUGGGUGCAUACCAGCGAUUAACCCAUGCCUGGAAUUUCUUUCAGAGAGAGUUCAAGUGUUGCGGAGUGCUAUACUUUACAGAUUGGUUAGAAAUGGCAGGAAUGGAGUGGCCUCCAGAAUCUUGCUGCAUUAGAGAAUUUCCAGGAUGCUCGAAGCAAGCCUAUUAUGGGGAACAUGUUGACAUCUAUCAAGAGCAGGGCUGCGGACAGAAGAUGUAUAAUUUUCUCCGUGGCACAAAACAACUGCAAAUGCUGAGGUUUCUUGGGAUAUCCAUUGGAGUUGUGCAACUGCUGGCCAUGAUAAUCACUGUCACAUUCCUUUGGACGUUGUAUUAUGACAAAAAGGAGCCGCAGACUGGUCAAACGAUAAGCCAAAAGAAGAUGACUUCCAAGCACCUAGCCUGUCAUUCAGCAGAAUUACUGAAACAUGUCCCGAGAGGCAACGGACUGAAGCAAACAGAUGCGGUGGCAAACAGCUUUUACACACAGUUUGAAAUCGAGGAAUUGUAGCUGGAUUUGGUUCAAUCUGUAGAAUGCUGGAUAUAUUUAACAACUCUUCCAUGGACUAUGACUGUGAACAUUCCUCUGCUUCAAAGUGCAACCUUCCAGUUUUAUCAUCUGUGCUUCUUUCAGUUUCUGAAUGCCUGAUAUUUUAUAGAAAAGUUUAAAAACAUUGAAUUUAUCAAAAACCAUCAAUUCUAUUUUAAGAAAUAAAAGUUGAAAAC